ACAGGGCUGUUUUGGAGGGGAGCCUGGGGUGAAGGAGACGGUGCAGAGGGUCUGUACUCGGUAUCUGAGUCACUACAAUGUCGCACCCUGGGACUAACACUCAUUAGUAAAUAUUUAGCAGCUGGAGAAGCCUGUUGUGAUGUGCUGAGGGCUGAUGUGGCUGCUACACUGUGUUAUAUACAGUAGUGUCAUUUGCACUGGGCUGAUGCACAGAGACUUCCCAGGGCUUGUGGGGGUGCUCGGGGCUGAUGUUGGGGGUUAUACACCCUCUUUAAUGUAGAAAAUAUUAUUGGCAAAUUGUAGGCACUUAAUUGAUUUAAUACCCUUAUUGUUUUACUUUAUUAUAUUAAGAUUUUUCAGUUUUACGAAUUUGGCUAAUUUUGGGCUACUUUUAAAAUGGCUUUUGGCUAGUUUUUUGCUCUAUGGCUGGUUUUGAAAUGACUAGAAAUGACACUAGAACGGGCUCCUGGGUGAGUAAUUCCCCCUAUUCCCUGCACUGCUGUCUCUCCCCUGGGUGAGUAAUUCUCCCUAUUCCCUGCACUGCUGUCUCUCCCCUGGGCUCCUGGGUGAGUAAUUGUCCCUAUUCCCUGCACUGCUGUCUCUCCCCUGGGCUCCUGGGUGAGUAAUUCCUCCUAUUCCCUGCACUGCUGUCUCUCCCCUGGGCUCCUGGGUGAGUAAUUCCCCCUAUUCCCUGCACUGCUGUCUCUCCCCUGGGCUCCUGGGUGAGUAAUUCCUCCUAUUCCCUGCACUGCUGUCUCUCCCCUGGGCUCCUGGGUGAGUAAUUCCCCCUAUUCCCUGCACUGCUGUCUCUCCCCUGGGCUCCUGGGUGAGUAAUUCCUCCUAUUCCCUGCACUGCUGUCUCUCCCCUGGGCUCCUGGGUGAGUAAUUCCCCCUAUUCCCUGCACUGCUGUCUCUCCCCUGGGCUCCUGGGUGAGUAAUUCCUCCUAUUCCCUGCACUGCUGUCUCUGUAAUAAUUCAACAGUCCCUUGUAUGUGCUGGAAACUAAGCUGCAUGAAUCCAUAUUGGAGACAAAACAACCCUUUUCUCUUUUAUUUAAAUCAUUUUUUUUGGAAGACCUAAUGUAUGGAGACAGUAUUGUGGAUAAUAGAUCUAUACCUGUGCCAGUAAAACAGUUAACUUUUACAUAUAUUUUUGCAUGAACGUAACUUUUACACACUGUAAAAGAGGAUUCAGGAGCUUUUCAUAGUUUAACUCUUUGCCUGCCAAGUAUGUAUCUCAUAUGUGCUGCCAGGCAAGUGCUCUAAGCGCCAAGAAUGGAUCUCAUAUGUUCCGCACUUUUAGAGCAAAACCCUCUGAAUCAGCGGCUUUUGCCGUUUACACAGAGGGUUAGGCAGUUGCACAACCCCCUAGACCAGUGACCCCCAACCAGUAGCUCGCGAGUAACAUGUUGCUCACCGACCCCUUGGAUGUUGCUCCCAGUGGCCUCAAAGUUGGUGCUAAUUUUUGAAUUCCAGGCUUGGAGGCAAGUUUUGAGGCACGGAGAAGGAAUCUCUCAGACUGCAGCCCCCGCCCACUCAAUUCCUGCUGCGUUUUCUCUACAGAUCCCGGACCUUCGGUGCAGCCACGGAUUCCCCUGCACAUAGAAUUGGUUGUUGCUUGAUGAUAAGAGACCUCAAUAUAAACUGGCUGAGUGUGUGAAGGCCACAAGGGGACAACAGAGUGAGGAAGAAGGUGUGAGGCUGGCACAGGCCUAAUCCAGACUGUGGGUUUGGCAGGGGAGACACAUUUCAUCUGUACAGAAUGUGGCAAAGGAUUCUCUCAAAAGGGUCACCUUAAAACUCAUAUGAAAAUACACACAGGGGAGAAACCAUUCACUUGUACAGAAUGUGGUAAAGGCUUUGCUUUAAAACGUAACCUUGUAAAACACAUGAAAAUACACACAGGGGCGAAACCAUUCACUUGUACAGAAUGCGGUAAAGAUUUUGCUUUAAAAGGUAACCUUGUAAAACACAUGAAAAUACACACUGGGAAGAAACCAUUCACUUGUACAGAAUGUGGGAAAAACUUUGCACAGAAGACCAACCUCUUAUGUCACUUGAAAAUACACACUGGAGAGAAACCAUUCGCUUGUACAGAAUGUGGGGACAAAUUUGCCAAGAAGAACAACCUCUUACGUCACCUGAAAAUACACACAGGGGAGAAACCAUUCACUUGUACAGAAUGUGGUAAAGCCUUUACUUUAAAAGGUAACCUUGUACUUCAUAUGAAAAUACACACAGGGGAGAAACCAUUCUCUUGUACACAAUGUGGGAAAAACUUUACCCAGAAGAACAGCCUCUUAUGUCACCUGACAAUGCACACAGGGGAGAAACCAUUCACUUGUACAGAAUGUGGGAAAGGCUUUGCUUUAAAAGGUAACCUUGUACUACACAUGAAAAUACACACAGGGGAGAAAACAUUCACUUGUACAGAAUGCAGUAAAGAUUUUAUUUCAAAAGGUAACCUUGUAACACACAUGAAAAUACACACAGGGGAGAAACCAUUCUCUUGUACAGAAUGUGGGAAAAACUUUACAAGGAAGACCAACUUCUUAUGUCAUCGGACAAUACAUACAGGAGAGAAACCAUUCACUUGUACAGAAUGUGGGGAACAUUUUGCCCAUAAGAAGAGCCUCUUAUGUCACCUGAAAAUACAUACAGGGGAGAAACCAUUCUCUUGUACAGAAUGUGGGGAAAAUUUUGCCCAGAAGAACAGCCUCUUAUGUCACCUGAAAAUACACACUGGAGAGAAACCAUUCUCUUGUACAAAAUGUGGGAAAAAAUUUGCCCAGAAUAACAGCCUCUUAUGUCACCUGAAAAUACAUACAGGGGUGAAACCAUUCACUUGUACAGAAUGUGGGAAAAACUUUGCCCAGAAGUACAGCCUCUUACGUCACCUGACAAUACACACAGGGGAGAAACCAUUCACUUGUACAGAAUGUGGUAAAUACUUUGCUUUAAAAUGUAACCUUGCACUACACAUGAAAAUACAUUCAGGAGAGAAACCAUUCACUUGUACAGAAUGUGGGAAAAACUUUACACAGAAGAACAUCCUCUUACGUCACCUGACAAUACACACAGGGGAGAAACCAUUCACUUGUACAGAAUGUGGGAAAUGCUUUGCUUUAAAAUGUCACCUUGUACUACACACAAAAAUACACACAGGAGAGAAACCAUUCACUUGUACAGAAUGUGGGAAAAAUUUUGCCCAGAAGAACAGCCUCUUACGUCACCUGAAAAUACACACAGGGGAGAAACCAUUCACUUGUACAGAAUGUGGCAAAAAAUAUUCUCAGAUUGUAAACCUUGUAUCUCACAUGAAAAUACACACAUACGAGAAACCAUUCCUUUGUACAGAAUGAGGGAAAAACAUUGCACA